AACAUGUUUCGCCCGCGGACCCCUCCGAUCUCAUUAUGAUACGCCUUGCGGUAUGCAAAAGCUAUAUACAAGCCAGUAUGCCAUCGCAAAGGGAAGCCUGCUGUUUCCACUUGGAGGGGAUGUGUUCGAUGACAGAGAUCCAUAUGUUCACACAAACAAAUGCCUUCACGGAGGACACAGCUGGCUCAGUUUAUGAUUCUUUGUAAGCGUGUCACAGGUUUUGUUCUAAGUUUAGCUGGUCGGCCAUGAAUGCACCACCGAUAAGGAAUCACGGACGUUGAUAUUCAGGCUGGAAAAAAAUAAUGUCGUCGUCGAAAUGGGCGUCGCUAUUUUCUCUAAUUUUAACCUCAUUCAUGCAUUUUCACAUAGGAGGAAAAACGGAGCAGGUAACUUAUGUUCGAGUAGGCCAAGGCGCAAAUGUCAAGCAUAUCGUCCCAGUUGUGGAUGUAAAACUCGACGGACAACAACAAAUACAUGUGGUUCAAGGCAAACAAAGACAAAAUGUGCAGGUGCAACCGCAAACUGGCCCGAAACAUUCAGCUGAUAAAUAUAUUGUUCCACAGCAUUUGCAGCAGCAGCAGCAGCAAGAGUACAGUAACCAUAGGAAUCCACGACAACAGCAGUCAAUACAACAGCCGCAGCAGCAGCAGCAGCAACAACAACAACAACAACAACAACAGAGGCCAUUAGUGCAGAAACAACAACAGCCAAUACAGCAACAACAGUUAUUGCAGCAGCCACAACCAGAGCAAAAUCAGCCAUUACAUCAGCAACCAUUGCAGCAGCAACAGCAACAAUCAUUACAGCAUAAUGAGCAACAGUCAUUACAGCUAAACCAUAAUCAACAGUCAUUACAUCAGCAACCGCAACCAGAACAGUCAUUACAGAAACAGCAACAGCAACAACCAUUACAGCAACAGCAGAACCCACAGCUACCAUUACAACAACAACAACAGCAACCCCAACAACCAUUACAACAACAGCAGAAACAAAUACAUACACAACAGUCAUUACAGCAUCAGCAGCAGCAACCACAACAACCAUUACAACAACAGCAGCAACCACAACAACUAUUACAGCAACAGCAACAUCAAAUACAACCUACUCAACACUCAUUACAGCAGCAGCAGCAGCAACCACAACAGCCAUUACAACAACAGCAGCAAUUGCAACAACCUUCAAAUCAGCAGCUACAACAAAUACAACAUACACAACAAUUUUUACAACAGCCUGUAAACCAACAACAGCAGUGGCAUCUGCUACAAAUACAACAGCAGCUACAGCAGCAGGAGCAGCAACGGAAGCAGCAGCAACAAAACACCGGACCUCAAGUUACGCUGAAGGUAAACGUUGUAGAUCACCAACACCAUGGACAAGGAAACACCGGCCCACGGGCACCUGUUCAACGUAAUACUGAACCACCAUUUCAGUCUCAAGAAAGAUCACCGCCCCCCUCACCUAUGAGGUCCGAAUUACUUCCAGCGAUAGAAACGAAAGGAGAGCCUUGGCCUAUGCCCAAAAUGUAUAUCAAGGGAACUGGAGUCUACAGGAUAUACGCAGAAAAUUUUGGAAUAUAUAUCACCGGAAAAACGUGUAAAAUUAUAGAAGAAGCCAGAGAACGCUACACGAGUAUCAUUCUUGACACUGUCAUCGAUGUGACAACGAAAAAUCCGGGGAACGAGUCCAUUUUUCAUAGACGUUCAGAAGUUGUGCUGAAACGCUUGAAUGUCACUUUGUUAGCCAAGUGUGAAGAAUACCCAUCUCUAGGAAUGGACGAGUCUUAUGAACUGACGGUUAACUCCCGUGGGGCCCUCCUUAUUUCCAAAAGUGUGUGGGGAAUUUUGCGAGGCUUGGAAACGUUCAGUCAGCUAGUCUACGAAGUGUCGCCAAACUCGCUUCAAAUAGGUGAAGUUCGCGUGAAGGACUCCCCGCGCUUCUCACACCGUGGCAUCCUGUUAGACACGGCCAGACACUACAUUCCAAAGGAAAUCAUCUUCCAAGUGCUGGAGUCUAUGGCGUAUAAUAAGAUGAACGUGUUCCACUGGCACAUAGUUGAUGACCAGUCGUUCCCAUACUACAGCACAGCAUUUCCCAACCUCAGCAGAAAGGGCGCAUAUGAUCCUGAUACCCAUAUUUAUACUCCCAAAGAUGUCCAAGAAAUCAUAGAGUAUGCCCGACUUCGAGGCAUUCGUGUCAUACCUGAAUUUGACACCCCAGGCCACACGUUAUCUUGGGGCUGGGGACAGGAAGGCUUGCUUACGAAAUGCUACAGUCCUUGGGGCCAUUUGACAGGGCACGGUCCCAUACAUCCCUUCAGGAACAGCACCUACCAGUUCCUCGGGGAACUCUUCAAAGAGAUAACCGCUGUUUUUCCCGACAAACAUCUACAUCUCGGCGGGGACGAAGUGGACACUCAGUGCUGGAUUAGCAACCCGUUUUUUCAAAAUUUCAUGGCGCUUAAACGCCUGUCGGAUUGGUUUGUUUUACAGGAGCUUUAUCUUAAAAAAUUUUUACGCACGUUGGUCGAGGUCGUACCGGAAAAAAAUAAGAAAGAGUAUAUUGUGUGGCAGGAGGUGUUUGACAAUAGAAAUAAGGUACCCAACACCACUAUAAUUGAAGUAUGGAAGAGCCCUGAAGACUAUCUAGUCCAAGUGACGAGUGAGGGCCACAGAGCGAUAUUCGCAUCUUGUUGGUAUUUAGACCACAUAUCUUAUGGGGAAGACUGGAAAACCUACUACGCGUGCGACCCACUGAAUCCACGAUUCUUUUAUGGUACAGAAGAACAGGCUAAUAGGGUUAUAGGCGGAGAAGCGUGCCUCUGGUCCGAAUAUGUUGACGAGACCAACGUUUUAGCAAGACUGUGGCCCCGUGCAUCAGCCACCGCAGAGCGGCUGUGGAGUCCACAAGAGACGACCCUCGACUACCAGACGGAAUCUCGCCUUAUGGAACACCGCUGUAGGAUGGUGAGGCGAGGAAUUCCGGCACAGCCAUUUCAUAAGUGGGGUGGCUACUGCAAGUCCUUCGCGAACAGCCUCAAAUAUCACUGGAAAAAUGGCAAGAGGAAGCGAGUGGCGUCCCCUGUUGUUGCUCUUCUGGACUACUGCGGUAAAACAUGGAACGGCUAUGGCGCAGCAUACCAAGGAGUGUUUCUUGGGCUUAACGUCUUAAUGACACUAAUACUGAUGCGAAUGAUGUUGAAAUUUCGAUCAAGGCCCAGGCUUAGGUCUAACUAAAGAAACUACGAAAGAAUGCUUAUGCCAUUCUUAUUAUUGGUGCAGAUGUAUGGGUAACGGGCUAAAAUAACUUCAGCUAUACAUAUGUUGCUCUUUUCGAGACAUCACGGGAUACAGACGUGUUAUAAACGUUUGAGAACCAAAGAAGUGUUUUCUUACAGAGGCCCAAUUAUUUUCAUCUGCCAAUUUAUUGUAUUCUUGUUCGUUUUCAUUAUAAUUGAACAUGGAAAAUAUAUUUUUUAAAUUGUUAAAAAAAAACGGUAUCGAGAUAUUUCGAUAUCAAUAAAUACAAUAAACGUUAUUUA